AUGGCCGUCGGACGCAGCGCCGCCCUCAAGCUCGACUGGACAAAGCUCGGCACGCAGCUCGGCAUCAAAGGCCAGACGGCCGCCGCCCUGCAGUCCUUCAAGAAGCGCAACGACGACGCGCGCCGCAAAGUCACCAUCCUGUCCGAACAGCCGCAAACCGUCGACUUCGCGCACUACCGGUCGAUCCUCAAGAACACGGCCGUCGUCGACGAGAUCGAGCGCAGCUUCAAUGCGUUCAAGCCGCAGACGUACGAUGUGAACAGGCAGAUCAAGGCCAUCGAGGCGUUUGAGGCGCAGGCGGUCAAGAGCGCUGAGGAGACGAAGGCUGUGGUUGAUAAGGAGUUGAGCGAUUUGCAGAAGACGUUGAGGAAUAUUGAGGAGGCAAGGCCGUUUGAUGAUCUGACUGUGGACGAGGUCGCUGCUGCUCAGCCGGAUAUCGACAAACGCACCGAGCAGCUUGUGUCGAAGGGUCGCUGGGCCGUUCCGGGAUAUAAGGAGAAAUUCGGAGACCUAUCGGUCCUAUAGACAUUUCCCUUCACCUUUAAAAACCCCCGGUCGGUCUGGGUUGUACUACCUGCGUCUUGUGAAUAGUUAUCAGGUCUCAAUGCAAUCUUAGAUCAUACUCAGCUAUCGCAUUUACUUCUUGCAUUUCGAGCAUUAUCUCAAUUCUCGUCUGCAUGGCUAAUGCUAUGUUAUCAUCAGUCCUCUGCCAGUAACGUGCGAUAAUGAAGGAGCUGCUUUUGCAGCAUACAGCCCAGCCAACGGUCUGUUGCUUCCUCC